CCUGCCUCCCGCCCUCAGGGUCAGGAAGCGCGGAAGGAACUGCCGGGGGCCAUGGACGGGGCUGUGAUGGAAGGACCGCUCUUUUUGCAGAGUCAGCGCUUCGGGACCAAGAAGUGGAGGAAGACCUGGGCUGUGCUUUACCCGGCCAGUCCCCAUGGUGUAGCGCGGCUCGAGUUCUUUGACCAUAAGGGGUCGAACUCUGGAGGUGGCCGCGGGGGCUCGCGCCGCCUUGACUGCAAGGUGAUCCGUCUGGCCGAAUGUGUGAGCGUGGCUCCUGUGGCAGUGGAUAGCCCCCCUGAGCCGGGCGCCGUUGCGUUUCGCCUGGACACUGCGCAGCGCUCGCACCUGUUGGCAGCGGACGCGCAGUCCAGUGUCGCUUGGGUGCAGACGUUGUGUCGAAACGCCUUUCAGAAAGGCAGCUGGGCUCCGGUGCUGGCAGAGAACCCACCUAAGCUUUCUGCCCUGGAGAUGCUGGAGAACUCGUUGUACAGCCCCACCUGGGAAGGAUCCCAGUUCUGGAUAACCGUCCAGAGGACUGAGGCUGCUGAGCGCUGUGGCCUGCAUGGCUCCUAUGUGCUGAGAGUAGAGGCUGAGAGACUGACACUCCUGACCGUGGGAACACAGAAUCAGAUCCUAGAGCCACUCCUUUCCUGGCCCUAUACCCUGUUGCGUCGUUAUGGUGGUGACAAGGUCAUGUUCUCUUUUGAGGCGGGUCGCCGCUGCCCCUCUGGCCCUGGAACCUUCACCUUCCAGACCGCACAGGGAAAUGACAUCUUUCAAGCAGUUGAGACUGCCAUCCAUCGGCAGAAGGCCCAGGGGAAGGCAAGAGAGGGGCAAGGUGUCCUCAGAGCUGACUCCCAAGAAGGGGAGGUGGCAGAAGGGAAAUUGGCGUCUCCUCCUGUUCCCCAGGACGUACCAGGCAAUACCCCAGCCCUGUAUGCUGAGCCCUUAGACUCCCUGCGCAUUCCUCCAGGCCCUUCCCAGGACUCUCUCUACUCAGACCCCCUGGACAGCACCUCUGCUCAGGCGGGGGAAAAGGUACAGCCCAAGAAACCUCUUUACUGGGACUUGUAUGAGCAUGUGCAGGAGCAGUUACAGAAGGCCAAGCUGACGGACACCAAAGAGGACCCCAUCUAUGAUGAACCUGAGGGCUUGGCCCCAGCCCCUCUCCGGGGCCUUUAUGAUCUGCCUCAGGAGCCCAAGGAUGCAUGGUGGUGUCAGGCUCGAGUGAAGGAGGAGGGCUAUGAGCUCCCCUACAACCCUGCUACUGAUGACUAUGCUGUGCCACCCCCUCGGAGCAUAAAGCCCCUCCCAGCUCCCAAACCCCAGGGUCUGGCCUUGCCUGAACCUGGUGCUACAACUGGCAGUGGCAGCAAGGGCCACAGGACAGAUACUGCCCUGUACAGUCAGGUUCAGAAGAGUGGGGCCUCAGGGGGCUGGGACUCUGGGUUCUCUAGAGUAGGGAAUGACAGAACUGGAGUCAAGACAGAGGGCUCUACCUGAGAAUGUUGCUGAUAUGAGGACCAUGGUAAGGUGACACUGGGGAUGAAAGAAACCUGUUAAAACAAAUAGGACCAGAGAGUGGGAGGGGCCCAGAUGAGACCCGAGGAUCAAGGGAUUAGGGAAAUCAAGGGGAGGAUCAUCAGUCCCUAGAAGUGCUGGGGAGUGGAACUGAUGGCAGGGCUGAGGGAUAGACUCUGGGGAGGGUCAGCACUCUUAGUUAUCCCUCUCCCAAAAGAACAGACAGCUGUUUGCUCAGAUCUACAGAAAGGGUACUUGGUUAGAGUGGAUACAGUUUGAAGGGCCUGUAUGGAGGUUGCCUGGGUACUUACUCCUGCACUUUUCUUUGCCAGAGAAAUAUUUUUAAAAUUUUAAAGAUUCUCAUUAAAGUCAUCUUGAGUUUAA